AUGAGUGAUGUACAGAACUUCAAAUACUUCUGCGAGAACUGUUCCAUCCGCGGAACACUAGUCGCCAACACCGUUGAUCUUGUCGACGAUGAGGUGAAACAGUUGAAGCAGACCGUUCAACAACUGUCCGCGGAAAUAGAAAAACUAAAAGCAGAACUCGAAUCCGUUAGAUCAACAAAUAAGAAGCAGCAUGACCGGAUCCAGAGCAAGCUCAAUAGUGCUGACCAACGUGACGGUCAAUGUGCUUCCCAAACAGCACUGAUCAACGAUAUCGGUAAAAAGCUCGAGGUCAUCGAGCUACUGUUGGACCUCCUCGAUAUCGGAUACGACAAGCUUUUCGUAUUAGGCGAUUUCAACAUCAAUGUGGCUUCAACUCAACCUACGCUUAACCAUGUAGCACUAACCCGCAUAAACGCUACGUUUAAUCUAUCAGUGCUUCCUACUGGACCUACACGUAUUACCGAGCAAACUGCAACUACUAUCGACCUGAUGAUCACGGACUCUUCAGAUUCGGUAAUCAAAUCGAAGACCUGUACCGGUAACACCAUUUCGGACCACGAAGUGGUUUACUUGCUAGCAAGAAUUAAAGUGCGAAGAUCCGCUUCCCAAACCAUACGCAUCCGAAACUUCCGUGCUAUAGACCCUGUACAACUGCAGGCCGACUUCCAAACUAUUGAUUUCCAACCGUUUUACGAAUCUGAAGACACGACGGUAAAGGCGGAUUUGCUCACAACUGAGCUGCAGGAGUUGGUCGAGCGCCAUGCACCUGAACGCACUAUCGUAGUACGGGACAAGCAUACGCCCUGGAUUACUGAAACCAUCAAACAAGCCAUUGCACUGAGGAAUAUGGCUUACGUUCUCUAUUCGCGUAAUCCAAAUAGAGCCAGAGGGAAUGAACAAUGGUUGGACUAUCAACGUAAACGAGACAGAGCCAAUUCACUCAUUUUCGCUGCAAAGAAGCGUUACGCCGAACUGCAUUUUGACCAUAACUUACCUGCGAAAAAGUUGUGGUCCAAUCUGAGGAGAGAAGGGAUCCAUAACAACGCCAAAAAGGAUACACCGACCGAAGGAUUAGACGCAAACGAACUGAAUAGGUUCUUCAGUGACGGCCAUCGCCUGCUGCAAAACGCAGGGCAAGCUCAGGCAUCCACAGCACCACUCCACCGUUCAGCGAUCGACCGAGGUAUACCUGAGUUCAAUUUUCGACAAACGGACAACGAGGAAAUCUGCAGGAAAAUAUAUGAUAUACAGACGAACGCAGCAGGAUCUGAUAAAGUGCCGAUUUCCUUCAUCAAGUUGCUCUGUCCGUUCAUCCUUCCUCAUCUCUCCCAUUUGUACAACUCAAUAAUCGAAUCCAAAUCCUUCCCGGCUAACUGGAAAAAAGCAAUCAUCACUCCCAUUCCAAAACAACCAAACCCUAUUCUGCCCAAAGAUUUUCGUCCAAUCAGUGUCCUACCUGCGAUUUCCAAAGUGUUGGAGAAAAUACUGUUGUCGCAAAUAACAGAACAUCUCGACAAUCCCAAUGCACCUCUACUGGCAAGAUUUCAAUCAGGCUACAGGAAAAGGUACAGUACAACGACUGCUCUCACCAAAGUUGUACACGACGUGUACAUGAAUCUUGAUAACGAUCUCUGCACGGUUAUGGUUCUUGUGGACUUUUCUCUCGCCUUCAAUUGCGUUAGCCACGAAAUUUUGGGUAACAAACUCCGACGCGAGUUCUUCUUCUCUCAGGCAGCUUGCGACUUGAUUUCAUCAUUCUUAAUACGCCGAAAGCAGUCAGUGCGCCUAGGAGGUGUGGUAUCUGGUGAGAGGGAUAUCGUCGACGGUACACCUCAGGGAUCCUGUCUUAGCGCGUUGCUUUUUAGCAUGUACAUUAAUAGUUUGCCUUUGUCCCUCAAAUGCAACUACCAUCUGUAUGCCGAUGACCUGCAAGUCUACAUUUCCGGUCCAGCUUCCGAAAUCGACAGACUUGUACGCGAGAUCAACAUUGACCUUGAGGCAAUAUCUCGCUGGGCCGAUGCAAACCGACUAGCUCCCAAUCCACAGAAGACUCAAGCGAUCAUUUUCAACAAGUCAAGACCAAUUAUGCCACAGACCAACAUAAUCUUCUGUGGAGAAGUCGUUCCGUUAUCCACCGAAGUAACAAACCUUGGGCUUAAACUGGAUCGCUGCCUAUCAUGGUCUCAUCAAGUGAACGAUGUAGUCCUGAGAACGUACAAUGUGUUGCGUACAUUUCGUCGGUUCGCCUCGGUGCUCUCAUUAGCGACUCGACGAAAGCUCGUUCAAGCGGUAGUGAUGCCCAUCUUCAUGUAUGCUGAUGUCGUAUACUACCCAGGACUAUCUGUAGCUCUCAAGGAGCGACUGCACAGAUGCUUCAAAUCUGCAAUACGUUUUGUGUAUAACCUUCGCCAGCGAGAAACAACUGCAGCGGUUCGGAACUCAAUUCUUGGAGUCGACUUGCCAUCCAACUAUCGGCUCCGAAUAUGCUGCUUCAUGCGACAGGCGUACUGCGGGAAUCUACCGGAUUACAUCGAGGAACACCUACAACGAGGACAGCAGCAGCGAACUCGCUGUUUCAUCAUUCCCCGGCAUACAACCACCAGUGGGAAGAGUGUGCUGGUGUAUGGAGCUACCUACUGGAAUGGUCUGCCAAACGAUGUCAAACAGAAACCAACAUUGUCUUCCUUCAAAAUGUCAACUAAAAGAUUAGUUUAA